UCACAACUCUGAGUGUAAUAAACGUAACCUUAUUAAACUAAAUAUUCCACUAAUCCAAAGCUAGUAUUCAGUGAGAAAAAGUUGCAACCUCUGAAUUCCUGGUUUGUUGUUUAAUUUUAAUCCAACCAAAUCUCUUCAACUUCUUAAUUAAUCCCUUUAGGUUUUCGUUUACUGAUUAAGCUAAACACAAAAUUAAUCUCAUUUUUCUGUGUUAUUAAUUUAUUAUUCAGUUCUAAACGCGUGGAUUCAAAUGCUCAACUUCUAACACUCUUCUUCCUCUUCUUCAUCAUCAAUGACGAUGCUACCUGGUUUGCAAUACAAUAUCGAUGAUCUGUUUCAAGAAGCUAAGAAAAGAUGGCUCAAGCCUAUAGAAGUGUUUUACAUUUUGCAGAAUCACGAAUUGCGUGGGUUCACUGAUGUUCCUGUUAACCAGCCACGCGAUGGAUCGGUGUAUCUGUUUAAUAAAAGAGUCAUGCGUUUCUUUCGAAAGGAUGGUCAUAAUUGGCGGAAGAAAAAAGAUGGAAGAACUGUGGCUGAAGGACAUGAAAAGCUUAAGGUUGGAAAUGUUGAAGCUCUAAACUGUUACUAUGCACAUGGAGCAGAGAACCCUAAUUUCCGGAGGCGAAGUUAUUGGAUGUUGAACCCGGAAUAUGAACAUGUUGUUUUUGUGCAUUACAGAGAAACAAAUGAGGGGACAUCCCAUUCUAGUCCUGUCACACAAUUGUCAGCAUUUAGCCAGACUCAUAGCUCAUAUACUACUCCAAACCCUGAGACAACAUCAAUAGCAGGUGAUUCAUGGGAACCCAAUCAGAAUUUCUCCAUCCCUCCUGGGUAUUUAGAAGUUACUUCUGGUAUCAUGAAUAAUGGAAUGGAUCACUUGGAGAAAACAGAUGCACAUGCAUUCCGCCAGUUGGAGGAACAGUUAAGUUUGAAGGAGAAAACAGAUGCACAAACUUUGCGCCAGUUGGAGGAACAGUUAAGUUUGAACGAGGACAGCUUCAAAGAAACUUGUCCCUUUUAUAGUGAGCAUGAAAUACCACAUGAAAUUUCUGUUGCAUUCUCUGGACCAGAUGAUCAUAAACAACCAUACGAGGGAUAUAAUGGAGCAAAAGAUAGAAGUGGUAAUCAUUAUCAAGAAUUGCUUGACCAUGAUUGCCCUGGUGGGCAAGAACAAACCUUAUCUUGGACAGAGAUGCUGGAAACACGCAAGUUCUCAUCAGGGAGGAAGUUACCAGAACAACAUACUUUCGAGGCAUCUGAAAAUGAAAAGUCACUAUCUUCCUCAGGAAGAGAAAUGAUCGCCAACCAGGAAACCAAUUACCGGCUAAACCCCAACAGUAAUAACAAUGAGAACUCUGUCUUUGCAUUUACUCAAGAUGUUGGCGGAGUAAAUUUUUUUCCAUAUUCUUCAGUCGAAACUCAAGGAACUACUUAUGACUACUAUGAAAGACUGGUUGACCAAAGCCUAAUUCAGGAACCUCGGGAUGCAUAUGCAUGCUUGACUGUUGGACAGAAACAAAAAUUUAAAAUUACAGCUGUCUCCCCAGAAUAUUGUUAUGCCGCUGAGGCAACUAAGGUGAUCAUUAUUGGAUCCUUUCUCUGCCCUUCCUCAGAUUCUACAUGGGCUUGUAUGUUUGGUGAUGUUGAAGUUCCUGCUGAAAUGAUUCAGGAUGGCGUAAUGUGUUGUGAGGCGCCAUCCAAUCUUCUUGGAAAGGUUACUCUAUGCAUUACUUCCGGAAAUAAGGAACCAUGUAGUGAAAUCAAAGAGUUUGAGUUUCGUAGUAAGACCAAUAGUUGCACUCAUUGUAAUAUUUUGGAAACAGAAGCCGCCAGAAGUCCAGAAGAGCUGUUAUUACUUGUUCAAUUUGCAGAAAUGCUCCUUUCUGCUUCUACUACGAAGGAUGACAGCACAGAAUCUGGAAGUCAUGUUUCAACGGAUCAGAAAGUAGAUGAUGAUUCAUGGAGCCAUAUUAGAGAUGCCAUCCUAGUUGGCAAUGGAACUUCAUCCGGUACUAUUGAUUGGCUUCUUCAAGAGCUGCUGAAGGAUAAACUGCAGCACUGGCUUUCUUGCAGAUCCAAUGAACGAGAUGAAAGGGAAGGCUGUUCUUUGUCCUGCAAAGAGCAAGGGAUUAUACACAUGGUUUCUGGAUUGGGUUUCGAGUGGGCCCUAAACCCCAUUCUCAGUUAUGGCGUGGUUGUUAAUUUCCGUGACAUCAACGGUUGGACUGCCCUUCAUUGGGCUGCACGAUUUGGAAGGGAAAAAAUGGCUGCUUCGCUUAUCGCUGCCGGCGCAUCUGCUGGAGCAGUGACAGAUCCAACUUCACAAAAUCCAAAUGGUUUAACUGCUGCAUCUAUUGCUACCAGCAAUGACCACAAGGGACUGGCAGGUUAUCUUGCAGAGGCAGAUCUAACAAGUCAUUUGUCGUCCCUCACAUUGGAAAAGUGUGAAGUUUCUAAAGAUUCUUCUGAGCUUGAAGCUGAGUUAACUGUCAGCAAUGUGUCUAAUAAAUAUCUUGAAUCCAGUGAUGACGAGGUUUCACUAAAAAAAACCUUGGGUGCUGUUAGAAAUGCAGCUCAGGCAGCUGCAUUGAUACAGGCUGCUUUUCGCGCACAUUCUUUCAGAAAACAGAAAGAGAGAGAAAGUGCACGUGAUUACAGAAUUGCAACUCAGGCAGCUGCACGGAUACAGACUGCUUUUCGUGCACAUUCUUUCAGAAAACGUAGAGAGGGAGAAUGUGCACGUGAUUACAAUUCAGCUGCCUUAUCAAUUCAGAAGAAAUAUCGAGGUCGGAAAGGUCGCAGAGAGUUCUUAGUUAUGCGCCAUAAAGUUGUUAAGAUACAGGCUCAUGUGCGGGGCUACCGGGCUCGGAAGCAAUACAAGGUAAUGAUAUGGGCAGUUGGAAUCUUUGACAAGAUUGUGCUAAGGUGGCGGAGAAAACAAGUUGGUUUGCGAAGAUCUCCAGAGGAAAUAGAUUCGAAAGAAGAAAGCGAUGAUGAAGAUUUUCUAAAGGUGUUCAGGCAAGUGAAAGUACAUGAAUCAAUUAAAAAGGCUUUGGCGCGGGUGCAUUCUAUGGUCCCAUCUGCUCGCGCUCGUCAGCAAUAUAAUCGCUUGCUUCAGAUGCAUGAUCAAGUCAAGGCUGAUCAUGGCAAUAGGCAUGAUGAAACUCUGUCAUUGACUUCUGUAGAGGGUCCUUGGAUUAUUGAAGAUCAUGACUUAUAUCAAUUUCCUUUGGAAACUCAGUUAUCAACUUCUAUAGAGGGCCCAUGGAUUAUAGAAGAUGAUGAUUUAUAUCAAUUUCCUUGGGAAACUCCGGUAUCAACUUCUGUAGAGGUUCCUUGGAUUAUUGAAGAUGAUGAUUUAUAUCAAUUUUCUUAGGAAACACUCUAGUCUUCCUUGUUUUAUUUGUGUUUCUAGCUUUACUGUUCGUAUAUAGUUCAUGUAUUUGGAUGUAUACCUUUGAAGCUGUUGCUUGUAAAUUAGUCUAGGUUGUAUAUAGUGAAUAUGGCAAUGGACAUUUUCACUUUAUUAUAUGUACAAAAUGGGCUUGAUUGUGGAUAA